AUGAAAGACACCGGAAAAAGCCACAAGGCGAACGGAAAACAGUCGUCGGAGACAAGGAAGGAUCGGAAAUCUGCAUCAGGAAUAAGCGGAUCGCCGAAGAAAGGUGGUCACGGAGGUAAGUUCACAUGGAUCGGACACAGCUACUCGGAUGUUCAGAUCGGACCGGAUCACGGAGCUUUGGAUUCCAAGGACCCGAACUUCGAAGAUCGUGUAGAGAUCGCUGCUGUCUGA